GCUCUCCCCCCGCGGGAGCGGCAUCCGGCGCUGGCGCCCGCCGCCCUGGAGCCUCCCGGCUGUGCCAGGGGCGCUGUCCCGCCCGCCCGCCUGCCUUGGGGAAGGUCGGGAGGCCCGAGGAGAUCGGGACCCAGGCGGCCGGCGGGGUCCGGACCACCCGCGGGGUCGGAGCGCGGCGGCGGCCCGGGUUCUGCCCCCGGUGGGCGGGGCUCGGCGGGGCUCUCCGCGGGGUCCUAGCGAGCGCCGCCGCGCAGCCAACCGCGGGGACCCGGAGGCCACCCGACCGCGCGCGCUGCUCCCGGGUGCCCUGCGACCCGUCGGCGGAGCUCGCGGCGGCUGCCACCCGCCCCGCCGGCCAUGAGGCGCGCGCCUUCCCUGGUCCUUUUCCUCCUGGUCGCCCUUCGCGGGCGCGGGGACUGCCGCGUGGCCAAUGCCGAGGAGAAGCUGAUCGACGACCUUCUGAACAAAACCCGUUACAACUACCUGAUCCGCCCAGCCUCCAGCUCCUCACAGCUCAUCUCCAUCAAGCUGCAGCUCUCCCUGGCCCAGCUCAUCAGCGUGAAUGAGCGAGAGCAGAUCAUGACCACCAAUGUCUGGCUGAAACAGGAAUGGACCGACUACCGCCUGACCUGGAACAGCUCCCGCUAUGAGGGCGUGAACAUCCUGAGGAUCCCCGCAAAGCGUCUCUGGUUGCCCGACAUCGUGCUUUAUAACAACGCCGACGGGACCUACGAGGUGUCUGUCUACACCAACGUGAUAGUCCGGUCCAACGGCAGCGUCCUGUGGCUGCCCCCUGCCAUCUACAAGAGCGCCUGCAAGAUUGAGGUGAAGCACUUCCCCUUCGACCGGCAGAAUUGCACCCUCAAGUUCCGCUCCUGGACCUACGACCACACGGAGAUAGACAUGGUCCUCACGUCGCCCACAGCCAGCAUGGAUGACUUUACUCCCAGUGGCGAGUGGGACAUAGUGGCCCUCCCGGGGCGAAGGACAGUGAACCCACAGGACCCCAGCUACGUGGACGUGACUUACGACUUCAUCAUCAAGCGCAAGCCGCUGUUCUACACCAUCAACCUCAUCAUCCCCUGCGUGCUCAUCACCUCGCUGGCCAUCCUGGUCUUCUACCUGCCGUCCGACUGCGGCGAGAAGAUGACGCUGUGCAUCUCCGUGCUGCUGGCGCUCACCGUCUUCCUGCUGCUCAUCUCCAAGAUCGUGCCGCCCACCUCCCUCGACGUGCCGCUCAUCGGGAAGUACCUCAUGUUCACCAUGGUGCUGGUCACCUUCUCCAUCGUCACCAGCGUCUGUGUGCUCAACGUGCACCACCGCUCGCCCAGCACCCACACCAUGGCACCCUGGGUCCAGCGCUGCUUCCUGCACAAGCUGCCCACCUUCCUCUUCAUGAAGCGCCCUGGCCCCAACAGCAGCCCAGGCAGAGCCCUCCCGCCCAGCAAGUCACGCCUGACCAAGCCCGAGGCCGCCGCCACCUCCGCCAGCCCCUCCAACCUCUGUGGGAACUCCAUGUACUUCGUGAACCCUGCCUCUGCAGCUCCCAAGUCUCCCGCCGGCUCCACCCCGGUGGGUACCCCCAGGGACUUCCGCCUGCGGUCCUCUGGGAGGUUCCAGCAGGAUGUGCAGGAGGCACUAGAAGGCGUCAGCUUCAUCGCCCAGCACAUGCAGAAUGACGAUGAAGACCAGAGUGUCAUUGAGGACUGGAAGUACGUGGCUAUGGUGGUGGAUCGGCUGUUCCUGUGGGUGUUCGUGUUUGUGUGUGUCCUGGGCACUGUGGGGCUCUUCCUACCGCCCCUCUUCCAGACCCACACAGCUUCUGAAGGGCCCUAGGCUGCCCAGCGUGACUGAGGGCCCCCUGCGUUGUGGGGUAAGAGGAUGUGAGUGGCCAGGUGGACAGUUUGCUGCUUCCUUCUGGGUUGUGGCUGAUGAGGCCCUAAAUAAAUAGGUGACCAUUGGCC